AUGGAUUCAAGAAAUUCUUCACAACUUCCUAGCCUCAAAAUUGGGGUUCUUGAUUUCGAAAGGGCCAAAUCAAUAUUACCCCCGGGUCUUGAACUAUUACUCGGUGAAAAUAUUGAAUUUAUAGCCAAAACCAGUGCUAUAAAAUUAUUUGAAUCUACGGGUGAUGGUGGUUUUCGAGAAUGCGGUGGUGGUGAUUUAAAUAGAUAUUGUAACUUGACAGAUGUCGGUAAUGAGUCUACAGUUUUAAUUACCAAUUAUCGAAUCUGUUAUCAACCCUUAAAAAAUUCAAGAGAUUCAUCCAAUUGUCAUCGUAUCAAUUGCCUUUGUCAUCACUAUAAUACGUCGUCAUCUUUACCAUCAUCAUCUCCUUGUUCUACGAAUACUUCCAAUAUAUUAAAACAUCCCGCAACAAACAUUUAUCAUACCACCCAAAUUCCACAUCUAUCAAUAUCACAGAUCGAUGAGUCACAAGCCCAAAUUACGUUAUCUUUAAAAUUUUCACCAUCUAGAUAUUUAUUUAAAUUUUCGAAACCCAAACCAACUAUGAUGGCGGGAAAUUUUAUUACAUCUCGAACAACUGCCAAUUCACUUUGUCGUGAUUUUACAACUAUAAUUAAACGAUUUGUUUAUCCAAGCAGUUUGGAAAAUGUUUUCGCUUUUCGAAUGGCAAGAUUUCGAUCUCGUGGUCGAUUUCCAGUUAUUUGUUGGAAAAAAGGGCAUAAUGUAUUAAUGAGAAGUGGUCAACCUAUGGUGGGUUUUUUAGGAUCGAGAGGGUUAGAAGAUGAAGAACUUAUGAGAGAAGUUAUUAUUACGAUUGAUGAAGAACAACAAGUAUUGGCAGAAAAAAUGAAUAAUAAAAAUAUAUUAAAUGAUAAAGUAGAAAACAAUCAUACAUCUAUAAGAUGUGUCGAUUUAUAUGAACCUUGUAAUAUGAAAUUAUGUAUAUUGGAUGCAAGGAGUUAUGCUGCUGCUUUUUCAAAUGGAUAUCAAGGUGGCGGAUAUGAGAAAACUGAACAUUACCCUCCGAAUACAACUCUUCAAUUUCUUGGACUUCCCAAUAUUCACGUUAUUUCCGCAUCUCAUACAGCUUUAUUACGUGCUAUUAAUACUAAUGCAUCAUCAUCUAAUUGGUAUUCAGUAUUGGAAAAUACUGGAUGGUUAGGACAUGUAGCUGAUUUACUAAGAGCUGCAGGAGGGAAAGAUGGUGUUAUAGGUAAAUUGGUUGACGAAGACGCAAGUGUAUUAGUACAUUGUACAGAUGGUUGGGAUAGAACAACACAACUAGGUCUACAAGUGCUUAUAGAGAAAGAAUGGAUAGCUUUUGGACACCCUUUCCGUUCACGUAGUGAUUUACCAUGUGACCUUCGAAAUAAUGAUAUUAUGUCUCACGCAAAAGGAAAAAGUUCAUCAUUACGUUCUCGUAAAGAACCCCCACAAUUACCUCCAGCACCUGCCCCCGUAUUUCUAUUAUUCCUUACUUGCCUUCAUCACCUUUUACAACAAUUUCCUUCCGCUUUUGAAUUUAAUGAUUUCUUUUUAUUAUGUCUUGCUCGAGCUGCUGCAGGUAAUUCACCUUAUGGAGAUUUUAUAUGUAAUACAGAAUUUGAAAGGGAAACAGUUCAAUUAAGAGAAAGGACUAAAAGCAUUUGGACAUUAUUUAAAGAACGUAAACAAUGGUUUAGAAAUACACAUUAUCAAAGAAAUCGACCUUCUGAUUUAAUUCGUCAUAAUGAUCAUAAUAACACGUGGAAUGAUCAUUCGUGGAAAAAAGAUGUAUUAAAACCUGAUACUGGAGCAAGAGUAAUUACUUUAUGGAGUCAAUAUUAUUUUCCUAAAGAUGAUUAUUCUAUUGCAUUAUUAUCUGCACCUUCAGGAACAGAAGUUUCACUACUUAGAAAUCCUACACAACAAUAUCAUCCAUAUCAUCUUGGAGGAUUUCCAUCAGAAUAUUAUUUAGUUAGUUUAUUUAUGAAAAGAAGAAAACGAAGAAUUGCGGAAAAAGUUUGGACAGUUUGGAGAUCAUUUGUUUUAGAAAAGAAACGAAAUUCUUUCGAAAGAGAUUCAUCAUCACAGAAAGAUAAUAAAAUAAAUGAACGAAAUGAUACAACAGUAGAAAAUGAAGAUGAAAAAUGGGAUAUUCUUGCUCAUGUUUCUUUAGCUGUACCUCAAAAGACUAUUCAUGAUAUGCAAUCAAAAAUAUCACUUUCAUCACCUUUAUCAAUGAGUCCACCAACUUAUACACCAUUUAAUGACUUUCUACAAGAUGAUGAUGAUAUAGAUAUAGAUAUAGAGAAGGAAGCAAAUUUAAUGAUUUCUAGUGAAUUAUGCGAAAGUCAAUUUCUUGAAUGGGUUCAUUUAUCAGGUCAAGAUGAAGAUUCCGAUACAGCAAAAAUUUUAGCUGAAUUACUUAAAGAAGCACAAAUGGAUGAAUAUUAUUGUCAAAAUAUAAUUCCAGAAAGUGAAAGACUUAAAGAUUUAUUAAGAGAAGCACAAAUUGAUAAACAGGUUUUUUAUCAAAAUUUUUGUCGAGAUAACGAAGCAUUAACAGAAAUGUUAAAAGAUGCUCAAACUGAAAAUCCUUAUUUAACUAAAAGAAUAAGGAGAACGAGUAGUACAAGUAAUAGUAAUAGAAAUCAUGUAACGACAGAAAAUUCAACGACUACCCCAAAAAGUUUUAUAAAUGUAAGUAAAAUUCCAUCAAGACCAAUUGUUAUAAAUUGUGCUGAAAAAAAUAAAAGUUCAUCAGAUCUCAGCAGUGAAUUUGUAUUUGUGUAA